ACUGUCCUCAAGUACUGUAAGCCUAAGUCAAAUAUCUUCUUUACUCUAUCCAAGGUAUAAGGACUUAGAACAUGAGUCCCUUCAUUCAAGAGAUGAUAUUCGAAAAGAGUUGCAAAAUAUACUUGAAACUAAUUAUCUACAGGUUUCAGUUACGGAACAUACAAAAAAUUCACAUACAAGUGCCAUGGAGUUCCUAUACGGUGACGAAAUGAUCGAUAUGAAUGAUCCAAAAACACAAUUUCAAGGCUAUCUGGCUGAACCUCAACUAAGAUUUGAUUUGGAUCCUUUUGAGUGGUGGAAUACAAGAACAAUCAAGUAUCCAAUCAUUUCCGAAUGUGCGAAGAAAUAUCUCACAAUACCAGCUACAUCAGUCAACUCUGAAAGAUGUUUUUCAACUGCCGGAAAUAUUGUUACACCAAAAAGGAGCUGCUUACUCCCAGAAAAUGUAAACACGUUAGUUUUUUUGUAUCAAAAUAGACAUUUAAUUGAUUAA